AUGCCGCUCAUGGUGUCCAACACGCUGACCAGCGGCAAGGUGGAAUUCAAACCCAAGGACGGCAACACCGUUCGCUGGUACAUCUGCGGGCCCACGGUCUACGACAGCUCUCACUUGGGGCAUGCUCGGACGUACGUGGCAUUCGACGUGAUCCGCCGUAUCCUUGAGAACUUCUUCGGGUUUGACAUCUUCUGCGUUAUGAACAUCACGGAUGUGGACGACAAGAUCAUCCUCCGAGCAAGGAGGAACCAUUUGCUCAAGAUAUACAAGGAGAGCUGUCCUCCUCUAGCUAAGGACAAACUUGCUAAGUUAGAAGAGGAUCUAGCAAAGGAAACGAAAUCAGUCAGAGUUGGCGACUUGUUGGCAUCGAAGCUGGACGAGGAGCAAGGAGCAGAGAUCCGAGACCAGCAAAUCUUUCGCUCGCACGCAGCAUUCUAUGAGCAAGAGUACCACGAGGACAUGAAGUCGCUCGGCGUCCGGCCUCCCGACGUGCUCACGCGCGUCACCGAGUUCAUUCCUCAGAUCGUCUCCUACAUCCAGAAGAUCAUCGACAACGGCUUCGCCUAUGAGGCGCAGGGCUCUGUCUACUUCGACAUCCGCUCCUUCAGCAAGACCCACAGCUACCGGAAGCUGUCUUGGAACGAAGCCUCGAUGCUCUCUGCGCUGGCGGAGGCGGAAGGAGCGCUGUCAUCGGGAGAAGGAAAGAGGACCGAGUUCGACUUCGCGCUGUGGAAGAAGUCGAAGCCGGGAGAGCCCUCUUGGGAGAGCCCGUGGGGAGGGGGCAGGCCGGGCUGGCACAUCGAGUGCUCAGUGAUGGCAUCGGAGAUUCUGGGGGACACGCUGGACAUCCACGGGGGUGGAAUUGACCUGUGCUUCCCUCACCAUGACAACGAGCUAGCACAAGCGGAAGCCUACUACGGGCAUCAGCAGUGGGUGAACUACUUCCUGCACAGCGGGCACCUGUACAUCGGGUACCAGAAGAUGUCCAAGUCGCUCAAGAACUUCUUCACCAUCCGUGAGAUCCUCAAGGGAGGGAGCACGAUGAAGGUCUCGGAGGAGGAGAGUGUCGUGCUGCCCGCCUACUCCCCCCGUCAGCUCCGCAUCCUCUUCAUGAUGCACGAGUGGGACAAGCCCAUGUACUUCUCCAAGGACACGCUGGACGUUGCGGUGGGGAAGGAGAAGACCUUCAAGGAGUUCUUCGGGGCCGUCAAGGCCAUGGCCAGGGAGGACGUGAAGGGCGUCUCGUCUCUUCCGCAGGCAUGGGGGGAAGCGGAGAACGUGCUGAACCGCAAGAUCGAGGACGCUCAGAAGGAGAUUGCUGCUGCUCUUGCCGACAACUUCAACACGCCGCAGGCCCUCCUGCGGCUUCAGGACCUCGUGACCUCUUGCAACAUCUACAUGAACAGCCCCGACGCCCGCGCCAAGUUCCUCCUUGUGAACAAGGCUGCCGUCUACAUCUCCAAGAUCUUCCGGGUCCUCGGCAUCGACGACAACGGCUCUGACUUCCCCUUCCUCACCAGCGCGGGGGCGGGAGGGGACGAGGAGGUUCUGUCCUCCGCCCUCGACGCCUUCUGCUCCCUCAGGGAGGACAUCAGAGCCGCGGCCCGAGCGAAGGAGGAGGCGGCAAGCGCUGGAUCAGCCGCCUCCGACUACCUCGAGCUCUGCGACAGGGUUCGCGACGACGUGCUGCCUGCCAUCGGGGUUCGCCUCGAGGACAGGCCCGACGGGUUCCUUUGGAAACUCGACGACCCGGAAGUCCUUGCGAGAGAGAGGCAGCAGAAGCUGAUGCAGGCUGCCGAAGCGCAGAAGAAGAAAGUAGAGAACAAGCUUGAAAAGGUGAGGAAGGAGCUGGAGAAGUGGAGCGGGUGCAGCGUAGCAGCGGGAGAAAUGUUCAAACCUCUCACAGACAAGUACUCCAAGUUUGACGACCAGGGCAUCCCCACGCACAACGCAGCAGGAGAGGAGCUGAGCAAGAAACAGCGACAGGCAUCUCACACCUUGAGAGAGGAGCAGCUCAAAGCUCUCACUACAUGA